AUGCCCACUUCCGCCCCAACCAGGAGUCUGAACGAGAUCCUCGCUAUCAUUCACAACCCCGACUUGACAACUGGCUACCCCAUCGGCGAUACCACAUACUACGCUAAGAGCCUUGGAGCCGAAAUCGUUAACAAACAGAUCCAGCUACGCAACAUCCUGUCACCACAGUCAGGGGUUUUCGCAACACGCUGGGCUACGAAAAGAGCGCACCAACGAGUUGGAAUACUCCAGCGAGUAUACCCUGAUAUUCCCAGAUGUCAUCGUCCCGAGUGCUUCGGCGAGGACGGCUACCACUCCCUGGUGGCCUUUUCUGGCGUACCUUCUUUGGAACGAACUCUACCGUUCAUCAACCUUGAGGACUUGGGCGACAAGACAACACUCUCAGCUCUAGUCGAGGCUCGUAGUCGUCAGCCACCUCAUACUUUUGCCACAACCGAGCGCUUAUUCAUGCCUUUGGGCUUUACGGACGAUUAUCGCGCGCCCUCACAUGUGGUCCGCCUGUCUGAUAGUAACGAAUACGGCGAAUCAGAGGAAUUUGACAGUGUCACUGAGGCUAUAGACUUUGUAGACGAUGGAUUUGGCUUAGCCCUUGGCAAUGGUCUUCAAGUUCUACACGCUCAACAGUUCCUCUACUCUUUCCUGCUCCAGUGCGUUCGAAUCAUCUUGUCGGAUCAUUUGGAACUACUCGACACUGAGAUCAAUGACCCAGAGCCUGACGCGCUGAACAUCGUUGAUGAAGAGGAUAAGGACAUUGCGUUCUCCGAGGCUACCGCUAUGACACCUUACCGUGGUCGCCAUGGUCUUCAUCUACACAGACUACGUCGCUGGACGUCCGACGCAGCUAAUACGGCCAAGGACGAGAUUUGGCAACUUCGCGAAGAUCCAGCGCAGUUCGAAAAAGCCUACACCAGUGCUGUCGGCCACGACGUUGCUCAGGUGGCUGAUCGCUUGGGCAAAGCGCAUCCUAAUAUCAGGAGCAAAGACUUCAUCACUAGCACCCUGAACGUUCUAGUGGCUCGUUAUCAUCGAAGGCUGAUAUGUUGGGAUCAACUUGACGCUUAUGCUCGGCGUAUCGACGAGCUCUUCACUCUCCACCCGGAAGGUGUGCACACUUGGUCACUCGAACCCGAAAAACUCGUGGAAGCUAUCCAGUCAUUCCAUGUGCUACUCGAGCUCAUGAAGCGAGACGUUCUCGAAGAAAUGAGUCAAUACUCGGCUAGCGAAGAACUUCGAUCGCAGUUUGUGAGGCUUCCGCUGUCAACCGGAUCACACAUGUCAGCACACAAGGACUUCAUGAAAGAUCAGAAUAAGAAGGAGAUUUGCCUUCUACUUCAAGAAUUGUGUGGUGAACUCAACAAGAAGAGCGAUUACACCAUGUCUUUCCUCGAUAUUCGAGUACGUCUUGAUAUCCUAGAAACCUUUCUCCAAAAGAAGCCCAAAGUACGAGACCUGCUUAGCACGCCAAUCAAAGAGGCCAUUACACGGCUCUCAGUUCUGACGGAGUGCUCACAUCUCCUUGAACUCCAACCGUGGAACUUCAAAGUCUGGAAGAUGCUAGCAGUGACCGAAAGCGUCAAAGCCAGGGUCAACUCACGUGUGGCUGAGCCCUUGCAGGUGUGGGACCGUGUCCUCGUAGCGGCCAUGGAUACUGGGUUUAUCACUUCCCCAGAACUUGGUGAUCCUUCCGAUGGAAAGUUCACGUAUCCUUACGAAGGAAGUAGGCGGAAGAAGGUCAUUGAUGCGCUGCGUAAGGCGGAGGCCAAUUUGGACAGGUUCUGGAAAGGCUUCGAUACAGAUUUCCGGAACCUAUCUGGUGGCGAGGACCAGGAAACCUUACAGCGUCUUCUCGAAGAGCGCGGUGCUAUGCGUCGAACAAAAGCGUGGGUAGACGGUCGUUCCGAGAAAAAGAUCGGUCCUCUCUCGGCGGAUGAUAUCCUCGAACUUCAGCCGGUGUCUCAGAUCUUCCACGAUCCAUCGAAAGAAAUUACCGGAAACCUGGACAGAUUUGCCAUCACCAAGAAAGCAAAAGACAAGACCCGUGGGGCAGCUGCCGCGGUGCCCGCCGACGAGCUUGAGUUUGAAGAUGAGCUUACUCCUGAUACGUUUGUCGAUCCUCGCCGACCUUGGGCCCGUCUCGGAGACAACUCAUACAAGGUCCUCAAAGCGCUAUUCUUCAUCCCAGAUGAGGACGAAGUACCAGGAGUGACCAAGUGGACGGCUCUUCGCACGACGAUGACCCAUCUCGGCUUCUCCGCUGAACAAAUGCAAGGUUCUGCGUGGCAGUUCACUCCAUCGGAGCAGCUCAGACAGGACAGAGGACUUGACAGGGGCAUCUGUUUCCAUGAGCCUCAUCCGGGCAACGAGAUGUCGCUUGCCAUGAUGCGGACGUUGGGUGCAAGGCUGACUCGCGCGUAUGGUUGGGAUGGCUCGAUGUUCAACCAACAAUAA